AUGGCGAUACCAGAUACAACCACAACCACAACCACAACCACAACCACCUCUGGGGCUGAACUCGAGACUUCGUACCAGAUACUUUCGGCAACAUAUUCUUCACCCAACAAUGAAAAGUUUGAGCACGUCCACAAAUUGCCCAUGUCUACAUCAGUCAAAGUGAGCGAUAGAACGGCAUAUUUAGGAGCCUUACGAAAAGCCACGGAGGAGAUGCAAGAAAGGAUUAAUAAGGAGUUGACUGCGCGAAUGGAGGAAGAUAAAGUACGAGAGGCUGGUCAUGCAAAUGGAUCAAAGGUCAAUGGUGGGGUCAUUGAUGAAGCCAAGGAAGAAGACAAUUAUGGCGAGGAGGUUGUGGAAGAAGAAGAUUGA